AAGGUGAGGGUCAAGAGCCAGCGGUGCAGUCACUAUCGCAGCCAGCCAUGGGAGUCCAGGAUCAGCCACUGAAGGCACAAAACAUCCCUGAGAGCUCCGUCCUCUCUGGGCAGAGCUGCCUCUCUUUGUGCCUCAAAGCUGCAGGACCCGAGCUCCGAGACAGAGAGGGCUCCCAGAGCGUCGAAUCCCUGUUUGAGACAACCCUGACCACACUGGAAGAACAGCAAACAGAGGACAUCCAGAGCAGCCAGGCUGAGCUAUCUCUGUGCCCCACACACCAGCACUCAUCCAUAGGAUCGUCCGGUGCUAUGGCGGCCUCUCCUGGAGGAUACUGUGCAGAUGUGAUACCCGGAUCUACCUCCUCUGCAGCUCUGGACCUUUCUCACUUUGGUGGAUAUGUCGAGUCCUUCGAGACUGACCUUUUCAUCAGAAAUGAAGAAGAUCCAAUCGUACUGAGUAUAGUCGAGGAUACAGAUUUGGAUGCAGGGCUAAUAUUUGAGGAGUCCGUUGCAGAUGGACUGCGUGAAGUGACAGAUGAACACAGGAUCUCCCAGCCAGGCUUGGUGGCCGAGCAGGAAGCUAAAAGGAGGUCUGAACCCGCUGAGGUUGAUCAUAAAGGAACAGAAUCGUCAGCAGAUUUCCUCACCACACAUGCUGUGAGAGACUCGCACGUGCCAGGUGUGGACACACAACCUGGCCUGCAUUUAAAUGCUAGCACACACGUGGCGCCUGACACUUCACCAGACUUUGACAGAUCAUGUCAGUUGGAGCCACAGUGGGGAAGUCCCAAGUUUAUUAUGCCCUUAGCUCCCCUCGGUAUCGGCUCCUCCCUCGUCUGUCGGACAAGCAGCAGUGUGAAAGGAGAUCAAACUUGUGUCAAAAGUCAUGUCAGCAGUGACCUCGGUUUUGAUCACGUACAACCUUGCACUCGCUGGCCAACCUCAUGUGGAAAUACUGACGAACCAUCUUUGGAAGGUGAAGAGGAGUUGAUUCAUAAAACGGAAAAUACAAUAGAGUCUUCUGGCACAUCUUCAACAGAGGGACAGCUGGACUUGGACACUGUGGAGUGUUUCUUCACUCCAAGAAAAACAAUAAUUGAAGAGAUUAAUGACCUCAGUAGAGAACUAUCAAAAUUGGCUGUUGUCCCGGCAGAUCAUUUCAUCAUCUCAGAGGAGAAACGCACCGCAUGCAUCACUUUAGAUAUACACGACCCAUUUGUCAGCAGGGCUGCAAAACCCAUCGUAAAAUCUGAGCAGGCUGAGUUGAACCAGAGACCGGCUGUAAAGAUGCCUCACAAAACCCAUAAGUCCACCACAGAGAGCAAAACACGCUCCAAAAAGGACAAGUCAGCAGGUCAUCAUUACGGUGCCCAAGCGUCCAAGAAGCAGGAGAGUUUAGCUCACCAUGUUUCAGCCCAGCAGGUCUGCAAACAGCAAGAACCACAUCCACUUACCGGAGAGAAUCAUAGCGGUGAGAGCGCUCCAGCCGGGCUUGAGGACAAGGAGGCUAAACUGGUGAUUGCAACCGAUGUGGCAGCUGAGAAGGCUCCAAGCAAACCGCAUGGCAAGAAGAAGAAGAAACAUGCUCAGAAUACGACAGGAGCGAAGAGCACAGGGGAGCCACCGGUUGACGUGGAGAAUGGAGCAAAACCAAAGGCUGCAAAGGGAAGGAUCGACAUGUUCGAGGCCAAGCUGUGCGCUAAAGCUGGAAAAAGUCAGAAAGACAGCGAUCACUCACAUGGCGCCGAGAAAAAGUCCCAGCAGCCAGAGGCGAAAGCUUCCCAGGAAGACCGACCUCUGUAUGUGGAUCAUAAAGACCGCCAGCCAAAAAACUUUACCAGUCCUUUGAACGAUGAUGUCAUUAAGAGACGACGCCUGUCAGAAGAUAAGUUUGGGAAGAUUGUCAGCGUUUUGGAGUCCAAGCUACCGAAGCCAGGUGUUUCUGUCCAGGCAAAGGGAGAGGAGCCCAAGGUAGAUGCAACUCGUAAGAAGGCGUACAGUGAAGUGGUCAAACAGAAAAUCCCCCCUAAGGAAGAGCCCAAGGUAGUGAAGCCCAUCCAGGCAGUGGCAGUGAGUGGAGACCCCCAGAGUUUGUGCCUCUGGUGUCAGUUCACAGCCGUCUUCUCCCACCACACUGUCACCUGGAGCAGAGACGGCACCGUCCUGACUGAGAUCAAGAGAAGUGCAGGGGACGAGAGCAGAGUGUCGCUGACAAUUUCCAACGCUUCUCACAAAGACUUGGGCAAGUACCAGUGUCAGCUCACCAGUGUACAUGGAUCAGUCACCCUGGACUACCUGCUCACAUAUGAAGUGCUCAGUGAGAUUGUCAUCCCUCCAUCUCCAAAGACCACCGCAUCUGCCCCUGUUGAGGUGGGGAGUGAAGAAGAGGAUGUCCAGUGCUCCAGGCUGAUAUUCAAAGAGGAUUUCCUGUCUGACCAAUGCUUUGGAGAGAACCAACCUGUCAGCAUCAUCACUGAAAAGGCCCACUUUGGGGAGGGGAUGCACCGGCGGGCUUUCCGGACCAAGCUGCAUGCGAGUCAGACGAACCUUUUGGUACCCGGCCACUCCUGCGUGCUCAAAGUACACAAUGCUAUCAGCUACGGGACCAAAAACAACGACGAGCUCAUUCAGAAGAACUUUACCUUGGCCGUAGAGGAGUGCCAGGUCCAGAACACUGCAAGAGAGUACAUCAGGAGGUACACCACUGCAGCCCAGUCUGUUGAAUCCUUUGGAGAGAUCCCAGAGAUCAUUCCCAUCUACCUGGUUCACCGUCCGUCUAAUGACAUACCGUACGCCACGCUGGAGGAGGAGCUGAUCGGUGACUUUGUCAAGUAUUCAGUGAAGGACGGCAAAGAGCUCAACCUGAUGAGACGCGACUCGGAGGCAGGGCAGAAAUGUUGUGCUUUCCAGCACUGGGUCUACCACAAGACUGAGGGCAACCUGCUGGUUACUGACAUGCAAGGAGUGGGAAUGAGGCUCACUGAUGUGGGAAUAGCCACAUGUAAGAAAGGAUAUAAAGGCUUCAAAGGAAACUGUGCCACCUCCUUCAUUGACCAGUUCAAAGCUUUGCACCAGUGCAACACGUACUGUGAGAUCCUGGGCCUCAAAUCCCUGCAGCCCAAAGCUAAAAAGCCUGCAUCUGCUCCCAAGCCGAAACCCCAACCGUCUGCUGCACCCAAGAAGAAAACAUUUGGGCCAACGGUGAAGGGCAAGUCAUAAAGGGAGGAGACACUCGCACUACUGGGUUCAUCGCUGUUGAAAUGGUGAGAUUUUUGGUGAUUUUCUUUACUCACGUUGGACCUUGCCGUGCAGAGUUUGGCCUGUCUGAGAGGACUCAUGAGCCGGGCCAGAUCAUGGAGGAGACAGACAUACUUGACCCUGAAGCGAGCGAUUGCUACUUAACCAGCGACCGUCGUUCCCAAGAGUUUUUGCUUCAUCUCAUGUUGAACAUUUGAGAAACGCAUUUUAUUUUGAUGGAAGAUUUCUGUAUUAGAGAGUAUUUAAAUCUAGGUGAGGAAACUUUAUUGUGUUUUGGGAAAACUGUGACAAAUCGAACACUUGAAAAUGAUGUUUGUCUGCAGUGUUGAACUGUGAUGUCUUAGAGAUCGCUUUUUUUGACGAGGUGCAAUGAUUUUCCUUUGCAGAUCAAUGCAGAGUUUUUCUUGUUUUUCUACGUCUGUGACAUUUUCAAACUGUAAGUUCAUUAAAUUAAUGAACUUGUUUAUUAAUUGAUUAGAAGAAAUGUAUUUCAAGUAGGUUGUAUGAUAGAAUACAUCCAGUAGAUGAUGUUUUGGGUUCAGUUAUGCAGGAUGAGUGGGUCAUUUUUGUGUGUUUGCUUUGAAAGGCGACAGAGGACGUUCAUUCAGUUUAAUGCCACCAUAUUACAACGUUUGCUCAUUUGGUAAAGCUACUGAUUCAGGAUGUGCUCAUAACAACACAAACAUUUUGUACAUACAAAGCUCACGUUAAGUUUGCCUCUGAAUGUAUUCACUGGAGAAUGUGAAGAUUUAUUUAUUUGUCGUUUUAUUAUCUGGGGCAGAUCUGCUUGUUAGAUCAUCUGGCAUCAUUUCAAGGAUCUAUACUGAACUGGUCUAACUAAACCCAGUAAUCACACCACAAUAAGAGUCAAAUGUACUUGCAUGCAGAGUCUGUAUGACCUCAAUAACACGCUCUGUAUAAUAAGCCUCUCUGUCUACUCUCACUGAUGCCUUUUAAAUCCUUGACACAAAUUCCUGACAUGGCUACGAGGGUGCGGCUCUGGCCAGU